AUGGGGUCUCGGAAGUGUGGAGGCUGCCUGAGUCGUCUGCUGAUUCCACUUGCACUUUGGAGUAUCAUUGUGAAUAUAUUAUUGUAUUUCCCAAACGGGCAAACUUCCUAUGCAUCCAGCAGUAAACUCACCAACUAUGUGUUGUAUUUUGAAGGAAUCUGUUUCUCAGGUGUCAUGAUGCUUAUCGUAGCAGCAGUUCUUCUUGUCCUGGAGAAUGAUAACAGCUGUAAAUGUUGCCAGAGUGAAAACUGCAGCAAAAAGUAUAUGACACUGCUGUCAAUGAUCUUUUCUGCCCUUGGAAUUGCUUUCUCUGGAUACUGCCUGGUUAUUUCUGCUUUGGGUCUUGUCCAGGGCCCAUACUGCCGCACCCUCAACGGCUGGGAGUAUGCCUUUGAAGGCACUGCAGGACGUUUCCUCACAGAUUCCAGCAUAUGGAUUCAGUGCCUGGAACCUGCACAUGUCGUAGAGUGGAACAUCAUUUUAUUUUCCAUUCUCAUAACCCUCAGUGGGCUUCAAGUGAUCGUCUGCCUCAUCAGGGUAGUCAUUCAAUUAUCUAACAUAUCGUGUGGAACCUAUUCAGUCAUAAUCCAGCCUGGAAUCAUUUGAAGAAGUACAAGACUGUAUUCCAUUAUCAAGACUUGGC